CCAUAAACCAACCAAGCUGUUUGAUCCAACAAGCUAUUUCUGCACAAAGAUAUCUUCCCUUAGUUGCCAGAUAGAGCCUACCAGUUGAACAGCUUCAAUUGUUUUGUGUGAUUAUUCUAGACCCUGCCUACCGACCAUUCAACGGAUAUUUAUCCAAGAACAACACUUGUUUUGCGAUUUUGUCCAACCUUCAUCCUUCAUUUGCGCGUUUUGCGCCCCAAUCGAAUCACUUUGGCCCACCAUGGCAGGUUAUUCCAACAAUCCAAGCGGCUUCGAUAGCCCAGAGUGUGGCGGUAUGGAGUCAUUAAUUGCACAGCUCCGUCAACGAAAUGCAGGCUCUGGCUCGACACCAACGCCACAGGCUCCAGGCUCGAGCUUCCUGACCCAGAUUGCUUCCCAACAGUUGGCAUCGCAAUCAAACCCAUACUACGCCCAACCGCAAGCUUCACACCUUCAUGGGUAUCAUCACCCUUCUGUCUCGUCAGCUAUGCCGACUCCACCGAUCUACCAUAACCAGCCUCCUCACCACUCGUCAGGUGUCAUGCGUCCGGUGUCGGAGACUGGUCCAUCGAGGCCAAUGGCCAUCCUGAACAAUGCCAGUGCCAGCAACGCAGACCGAACCGCGAACCUCUUGAACCUACUGAAGUUCAGCCAGCCUGCUGCAUCUUCUCCAGAAAACGCGAUGCCAAUUUCGCCACCUCCAGUAUCUCUGCACCAAACACAGCCAGCCGCAGAUAACCGGGGCACCGCGGAUCUACUCGCCACACUUAUGGGCUCUGUAGGCAAUCAGGAAAACAAGAGAAUUCCAUCUGCGCCACAAACUCAGUUUACUCGCGAGCCUACCUUCGCGUCUGAAAUUCCAGACACACCCGCAGAUACACAGGCAUACCUUCUUCAGCUUUUGAACCGACCAAAGCCAGCACAGUCUGACAACAAGCCUGUGAUUACUCCUGCAAAGGUUAAAAGAUCUUUUGGCGAGAAUACAGCGACUGAGAAGGUUGCUCCAAAAGAUGUGAUUGAUACGACAAAGGCGACGAAGGAUGUCUUUACGGACGAAGUUAGCCCUACCACCCAACCGCAGGUUGCGCAGGAGCCGAUUAAGAAUACCAAAACUCUUUUCAACUAUGUCAACCCGUUCGAGCAGUUGGCCGCAUCUUCGCCGCGCAAUCGCACACCGGUCCCUACUGCGACUGCCCAACAAGCUACUGCGAAAGCCCCGGUACAAAUUUUGAAACCUCCCAGACACACUACUGGCGAGACUUUGGACCAGAAGCGAAAGGAGCACGAUCAGUCACCAUCUGUUCCCAGCCCUGCUCACGCCAAGAGAAAACUUGGCUCCACAGAAACGGUACCAACCGCACCUGGACCGUCUGACGUUCAAAAAGUAUUUGGAAUUGGCUCGACCAAACAGCCUACAGAGACUGUGGCACAAGCUUUAAACGAGGCUGGAAACCAGGCCGACAAGGAAGUGAGCGAGGCAUUGGCUCGUGCUGUUAGUAGCGCCGCGGAAUCCCUUGGCCCCGACGACUCUGUAGCUGCCAAAGCUGCUGCUGCUGCGGACGACAGCGUGGAUAAACUAGCAUCUCUCAUCGAAAAGCAAGAUUUCCUGAAAGAUGGAAGCACUAAGUCUCAAGAUUCUCUCAAAUCGACCGCUGUCAAAUCAGUUGUCAGCAACACAGUCCAAGAUUCUGUUGUCGAUAGCUGGGAGAGCGUUGAUGCCGAUUCUGUGACACUUAAUCCAGCAGAUCAGAAGGAUUCUGGGAAGAAUAUCAAAAUUUACAAUUUCCCACUGAAGCCGUGGGUUGCCAUUACUUUGCAAUCAGACAGCAAAGUGGACCGUCCCACGUUCGACCCAGAAUCAGCUAUGGCCAUUGCUAGGCUAAGAAAGGUCUUUGAUCAAAAUGAUAGAACUUUGGUCACUGCUACCAACAACUUCAUUGUCUUUGCUAUGUCCAAGAAUGGAGGCAUACGCAUUAUUCGUCAGGAUAGUGGCCGGGACAGGAAGAUCUUCGACGAGACUCGAGAUCAAGUAUUCAACAUCUCAGCAUCAACCUCAAACAGAGAUGGAUCUGAGGCGGUCAUUGGCACAGGAUGCAGCGGUACAGUUUACUGGGCCGCAGUUAAAGACACUGGCGGAGAUAAGAUCGAAGAGUUCAAUGCUAAGACUAGCUUUGCUUUGCCACCAAUUCAGUCACCUGGUGAUGAGAACCCAGGUGGUGUUCUGAAGACCAGAGCUAGAAAGAGCUCUGUACACCCUGAAUUCUUUGCUGUUGGUCGUGGAAAAUCGAUUCACAUCAUAUUCCCCUAUUUGAUCACUGGGGGCGGAUUCAUACAACCCGGCCCUGAUCGUUUUGUCGAUAUCGAGAAAUAUCUCAGCCAGCGGACGCCGAAGAUUGAUACCGGAAAGGCUGCCAAGGACUUCACUUUCAGUCAGGACGAUACUACUGUCGUGUCGUUGGAUAAGGCUGGCAGGGUUAAAUUCUGGGAUGUCCGUGGACUCACUUCUGAAAACCAACCCAAAAACCAGUCGAUCGAAACGAAGGAGCCGCUGAUGACAUUAAUUACAACUCCGGCUACCGAGAAGUCCUGGCCUACUUCUGUCAUUUUUGUUGACAAGGUGCGCCCGUACUUGAAAGGCUGUGCCUUGAGAUAUUUGAUUGUUGGCAUGAAGCAGAACCAUACGCUGCAACUGUGGGAUCUUGCAUUAGGCAAGCCGGUGCAAGAACUGCACCUGCCACACGACAAAGAGUCAGACGCCGCUUGUAGUGUUGUUUACCACGCCGCUACUGGCGUAAUUGUCGUCGGACACCCAACAAGAAAUUCGAUCUAUUUCAUCCACGUGUCAGCGCCAAAAUACAACCUCCCCAAGUCGCUUUCUCAAUCUGAAUUUAUUGAGAAGCUUGUGAAGAAAGAUACGACGCUUCCAAGCCCUGAAUCCACAGCUGUUAUGAGUGGUAUUCGCGAGUACCUAUUCUCUGAGAGUCUUGAAACAAAGGAAGGAUCUGAUAAGCGAGCUCGAGGUGACCUUCGGAGCUUGGAUAUCUUGCAACCCACAGCAACACUCAACCCAGCGAAGCCAGAUACAACUCUAUUCGAGCUCUAUGCUAUGCACUCUACUGGCGUAACGUGCAUUUCGGUUAAACCCGAAACUCUUGGCUGGGACUCAAACAACAGAGCUGUGAACCCUGCAUCAGCUGUCGACGAAGGUCUCAUCACUGUUAGUGAAUUGAAGCCAAUUGAGUCACCUGCCCCAAGAGAACCUAGUGUGUCGUCUGUAUCCACGGCAACUACUUCAUCAGCACCGGUUACUCCAAAGGUCCUCACAAUGGCAAAGGAAACCGGACGAAAGGCGGCUGCGGUAAACAAUCAUGCCGAGCAGCCUGCAGCUGUACCUGGAACACCAGCUAAGAAAGCUGAACAGGUUCAAAACCUCACCAACGGAGGCCAAGAGACAAGCGGAACUGAGAAGGUCGAAAAGAAGAAGAAGAAGAAGGCCGCUGCUGCGGCAGCUCGCCAACUUGAUGCUGUAUCUGAAUCCUCAUCUGCAGCAAGCAAGGUCAUCGCCAACGGAACUUCUGAUGCAGUGGUUGGCGUUGUCUCUCAAGAUCAGAUCAACAAGGCGCUGAAGAUGGUUGAUGCCAGUAUCUCUGAUAUGGCACGCCAGCUUAAUUCCUCAAUCGACAAGAUUUACCAAAGCUUCGACACCGAUAAAACGGCCCAGGCUGCAGCGGCAGAAGAGAAGCAAGUCGCUCUUCUUCGCCUCGUCUCUAGCACACUUGGCGAGAACGUUGACAAAACUUUGGGCUCGAUCGUAGAGACGAACACAAAGAAGAUCCUUCUUCCUUCCAUCACGGAUUCCGUCUCCAAGGCUGUCUCCAAGAACGUUCACGACCACUUGUCUGCCAAACUUGGCGUCUUGGUGCAAGCCUCUGUCUCGAAGGAGCUUCAGGCCGUUCUACCAGGAACACUCGGAAAGGCCCUCGAGAAGCCUGACUUCUUGAGAAAUCUUUCGAGAUCCAUGACGGACUCUAUUUCAAGCACUCUUGCGGUGUCUCUCACUGAAUCAAUUUCAUCGGCUGUUGUGCAGAAGGUUGCGUUCAAGGUUGAAGAGAAUUUCGCUAAGGUUAUGAAGAAUGAAAUCGUCCCGUCUAUCAAUGCACUUGCUGCCAGAUCUGCACAAAAGAGUGUCGUUGAUAUCCAGCGCACAGUUUCAGACCGUAUCAACAAUUUGGAGAGGCAGCGCCAGUCAGACAGCGAGGAGAUUUCGAAGCUGUCGAAGGUUAUUGAGGGGUUGACUGAGAUGAUAUCUACGAUGGCCUCAGCCCAAGAAGGUUUCCAAGCUGCUGUUUUGAGAGGCAGCAAUAGCGCGCCCCAGUCAAACAUUGAGCAAACAACAGAAUCUCAAAGAUCGAUCCCAGAGGCAGCAGUUACCUCUCGUUCGCAGGGAUCUCCGGUUUCGAACUUGGAGCAGUUUGACUCUGACAGCCAGCUGUACGAGCAAAGCCUCCAGUCAAUCGGACAUCUGAUGAGCGACGGAGAAUUCGAGACUGCCAUGAUGACUUGGAUCAAGCUCAACAACGGCCAGGUUAUGCAGGACAUCUUUGAUAACUAUUUCUCCAAGUACGAUCCGGGUUUCAUGCGCGAAGUGUCACCAAUUCUGAGCCUAUCGACGGCGGCGACAAUCUCGCAGCGAUUCGACAGCCCAUCGCUCAUGGAGCGCAUCCAAUGGCUGGAGACGAUCUUGCAGAUCUACCAGUCGUUCGCGCCUGAAGAGAUUGACCCCGAUGUCGUGAAACCUUGUGCAACUCUUAUGGAGCUCCUGAAGGAUCGCUUCGAGCACCUUUUCAUGCGUGUCAGCCAAGCGUCGGCCCAUGACCCUCUUCUCAAGCGCCUCCAUACCCUCGUCACAGUUACCACUCGCAUCAUGGAAAACAUGCAGCGAAACUUCUAAUGGCUUUCUUUGGCCUCACUCCAACCUGGCUUAGUAUUUGAAGCAAAUUUUUGCCUCCGAGAACUACGAUAAAUGGCCACAUUUUACGAAACUUGAUAAAAGACCACCUAGCAGGCAUCAUGCAUUUUGUUCUAGAUCUUUGGAGUACUCUAGCUAUCUGCUACAGGAUUUCAGGCGAUUACAAAACUUUGGGCAUGGGCAUAGUUAUAUACUUGCUUGCGGUCUGUCGAGGGCGCUGAAAAUUGCGUCGUCCCUAAACCGGCUGCUCUUCUUAUCAACUUUCACCAACAUUUACUUCUUUCACCGGCCAUGCCCUUUGAGCUGGUCAUUUACACACCUGUUAUUAUAUUUUUCUCACGCAACGAACUCGGAUAAAAGCCGUAUAAUGUCUCCGCAUGCACACUCUACGAGCCACAUGGGCUUGAAUGCCUCCGGCCAUACCUUUUUAUCUCCACGCGCCACACGUUUUCCACGCCUCGAUACCAAGUCAUUUCGUAUAUUCACCGUCUUUUGCAAGAGCUGGGGGGUCGGACUGGGGAUGGGUGCGCCGGGUGGCGAGGGGAUUAUGUAGUAAUGACGGUUAUGCGUGCAUGGAUGUUAUGUAGUUUUAGAGGACGAGGUUUUUGCAGUGAAUUGUUUUUAUUUUUUCGUUUCUGAAGGGAGGAGGUGCAUAGCGAAUGGAAAUUCAAUAUUAUUGUUGAGUGA